AGGCGCAACCUCGUUUCCAAGCUCUUAUCGGGAACGAGGUUGAAAGACCUACCGGAAAUGUAUCCAGGAUUCCGCGCGAGGCGACACGGAUCCUUUUUAGCUUACAUAAGCAGGUUUUGAGCUUAGUGCUAAUAACAUCUGAAACCGGCAAUGCUAACCGAAGUGACGGUUGGAAGUUGUUUAAGCUCCAGGUGCACAUUAGUCUCACGAGUUCAAAUUCCUCCGCAUCAUUCGUCAGGCUGUUGAUGACCAAUUUCUGCACCAUGAAUUGUCUCUUCAUUUUCGCCGCUGCUUUUUUAGGUUGGCAGCAGCAGAGCAAUGCUGAGCUACCAGCAGUUGGUAAUUGUUCAUUCAUGGAAUACUAUUGUACUGUUCGAGAAUACGAAACGCGCCUCUUUAAGCGCUUAUAUGAAGACCCAGCUACAGAUUGCGGGCUUCAGGUUUGGAUAUUGAACUACCACGUCUUAAAACAAGCAGAGAAAUGCUCAACUACCGGAAAUCAUACAAAAAGCCUGCACGCGGCCGAUAUAAAUGAGGUCCAGUCGCUAUACUGCAGUGGGUUGGACUUGGAGAGACCUCUGAUGUUAUCCCUCUCUCCGUGUUCCAACAAGCACAAGGAGGCAGUUGAUCACUGCAUCAGUGACUUCGCGACAACCUUCUCCAGUCACUUUGCGCAGUCAUCUCUGUGCAGGAAACGUGACAAAGCCAAACAGUGUACAAUCUUCGCGUGGCGCACCCACUGCAAUCACUCAAAUGUGACCGAUGGUAUCCUUAGAAAGGUCAUCGGUUCCUUCAAUCCCUUUUGUGACGGGGACAAGGAUCCACAGGCGGAGGAAUCCGAUCAGUGUGCGAAGUACCCCAAACCUCCUGAUGAUGGUGUCUCAAGUCCCAGCGAGCAACCGGAAAGUAAGAGUGCAGCAGGAGAGAGAAAUGGCGUCGUUCCCUAUUUAUUUUAUGUAGUGCUUUUCGUAACAUCAAAUUGGUACCCAAACAAUCUUAUUACAAUCUGAAGAGGCGACCGGGGCCUAGUGGUUAAGGAGUUGAACUUGUAAUCCGGAGGUCCCAGGUUCAAAUCACCCCCCUUCCAUUAGAUGAAUUUGUGUUUGGUAAUCCCAAAUUCAACAGUUCCACACUUUUAUACACCGUAAACUUCCGAAAGUAAAAACCCCCCGAAAGUAACGUAAAAAAGUUGUGGCCACUAAUAAAGCCCGAGAGUAGCGACCCUCCGAAAGUGGCGACUGUCCAUGGGUAACGAGCCCACCCUAACCCCUCCCCUCUUCUCGAAAAUAGUAAAACCAAGGUUCAAUAGUAUAUACUGAUUUUUUUAAUCAAUAGUCAAGUCAAAGGUUAGGUACCGUACGUUUAUAACAAGGGAAGGUAUCGCUUAUGCCACGAAGUGAAGCUGUGAAACGUGAAUUCGUGCUUUGCGCCGUGUUAAAACAAAACCCGUAGAAUUUACUUCAAGCAACAAGAACUUACUAUAGGAAACUUUGAUUUAAAUUUUCAACUGAAGCAUAUUAGAAGGAACGUUUCUUCAAAUUUAAAUUGAAAGCCUAACCAGUGCACUGAGAUAUUGCUACAGCAGACUGACAUAUAGUACAAAAUGUUUACGGUAUCUGACAAGCUUUCCUGCUAACCAAUGACAGCACGGUAUAGACAUGACGAGCCCAUGCACCCAUAUGGCAGCACUCGAUCAUAGAUUUAGACUAAGACGAAGAAUUGUAUCUCGUGUUUUAAGAACUGUUUUUACGAAUUCCCGUCUUUUAUUCCGUAAAAAGCGCUCAUUCCUACCAACUUUAUAGAAUGUUUUUUGCUCCCCGAAAGUAACGACCCUUCGAAAGUAAUGAUCCCCCGAAAGAAGCGAGCCCCAAAGGCGGCUAAUUCCGGAAGUAACGAAGGUCGUUUCUUUCGGAAGUUUACGGUGGCUAACUGGUUUACCCCCCAAAAGUUGGGAUUUUUAACAAGUUUCCGCUUAUUUCCAAUAUUCGAUCUGCAAUGUUUGUAUGUUAUGUGACUGAAAGGGCCGCAAUGUAAUUUAGUAGUUCACCAGUAAUUGAGUUUACCUAUAACAAAUAUAAGUUAAUGAGUUAAGUCGAUUUUUAAUAGUGUUAGGUGAAAAUAUAGGCUCAAUAAGGUCUAAGUUCACAUGGACUGCAAUAGUACAAAAGUGGGAUUUUUUUGGUGUGUCAAAAGUUGUACAAUUAAAACACUGUACAAAUAGUGCACUAAAUAAAUGUACUUUCAGCAAACUUUAGAUAUA